AAAUAAUCCAACACAAUCUCUCACUCACACCGCUCUCAACUCUGAACACUCUCUCUCUCUCUCUCUCUCUGUUCUUCUGUUUUUGGCAAAAAGAUACCAAAAGGUACGCCUAUUUUCAUUCCGAAUCAGAACCCAUAAGCAGUUUUUUUAAUCAAUCGCCAUCAUUCUCUCACACCCACUGCGGAAACGCUAGCACAAACAGCGGUUUGAUUUGAUGAUGAAAAUCUAAAGGAACUCGAAGUACAAGAAGCAAGGAUUUUACAUAAACCCAAACAAAAUCGCUUCAGCUGUUUUUGAAAUUUGAAAACAAAGAAUUCGAAUCUUCUGUGUUAAUUUCCCCUUGGAUCUGCCCAUCCGUUUUUCUUGAUUUUGUUCAACUAAAUUUUUGCUUGGAUCAAACUUUUUAUCCGGGGGUAUGUCCUUGCAUGCAGUAUCACUGAUGUAUACUACUUUGAAAUGGUUUUAGGGUUUCGGAGCAAAGACAUUAUUUAGUCAUCAAAAUUUCUUCUUAAUUUUAUUUUAAUCGGAUAAGCAGUUUUAUCGUCGUCUUUAAGAUGGAGGGUCUGAGAUUGGGUUAAGGUGUUAUUGGGGUUUUCUCUAUCGGUUUUGGGGAAUGGGGAGCUCUUGUGAAGCAAACGGCAAAAAUAUUGACCCAACCGUGGGUGGGUUGGUUUGGGUCCGGCGUAGAAACGGAUCGUGGUGGCCGGGUCGCAUAUUGGGGCCUGAUGAGUUACCGGAAAGUUGUCUGGUUUCCCCGAGAUUGGGUACUCCGGUGAAGCUACUAGGAAGAGAUGAUGCAAGUGUAGACUGGUAUAAUCUUGAAAAAUCAAAACGUGUAAAAUCAUUCCGAUGUGGCGAAUACGAUGAAUGCAUUGAAAAAGCAAAAGCAUCAGCCGUCGUUCCUUCCAAAAAAGCAGUGAAAUACGCACGUAGAGAAGACGCAAUUCUUCACGCCCUUGAGAUCGAAAGUUCCCGAUUACCCAAAAAAUCACCCCAACAAUCCGACACUAAACACUUACACCCCGAUCAAGAUGAAGAUGAAGAUGAAGAUGAAGAAGAAACCACUGAAGCCAUGUCAGAUAAAUUAAGCGGCUUAGAAUACAUCUCAAAUUCCCCACCGGAGUUGGAAUUGGAAUUGGAAUUGACCCCGAAUGAUUCCGAAGACGAUGGGAAUGAAGGAAGUAAGAAACGAAUGAGAGGACUUGAGGACAUCGGAAUCAGCGGGGCAUUUAAGCGGCGGCGUUCCCAGGUGGCACAUGUUCAUGAGUUUUUAAAAAAGAAAAACCGUCGCCGUCAGUUGACCAAGGUUUUGGAGACCACCGCCAUGGUGACCGUGCCCGUUAUGUGUGAACAGCUGACCGGAUCCGGAUCCGGAUCCUUCCUGCCCGAGCACAAAGUUUCCGGAAGUUUUUCGGUGGUAAUUAAUAAUAAUAAUAAUUCUGAUAGCUCCAAUAAUGAUGUCUCGCUCUCGCCUACAGAUUCUAAACAGAAAGACAAAGAGAAUGGUAGUUCCAGUAUUUCAGGAUUACUUGACAAUGAUUCUUCUGCAAGGCUUUUUGAUGUUCCUUUUAUCGGAGAAGAAAAGGAGACUAAAGCAAUGGUAUCCGAAAAGCUUCAAUCUGGUCAAAGUAGUCUAGUUGAUACGGCUCCGGUGGGACCCAACGAAAUACAAGAAUCCGGUUCCAUCAAUUCCGGUGGCACUUCAAAAUGGCAGCAUAAAGGGAAAAGGAAUUCAAGAAACAAAAGUAAAACCAUUCAUAAGUUUUUAGAUCCCAAUGAAGCCAAUGCAUACGUCUGUAAAGUGAAGUCGGAACAAAUUACCGAAUCGCCCCCGGUUGAGGAAGCAACGGCAACGGUAACGGUAACGGCCCCACAUCGGUCACUUCCUUAUCGGCAGUCCCGGUUUACAGUCAACCCAAAAUACGAGUCGUCAUCAGAUGUUGGUUUCAGAAAACAGGACAGCGGGUCUUUGUACGAUGUUAAUAUCGAGGUUAAUUCGGGGCAUCAUCCUCAACAUGUCCCGUAUAUAUCUCUAAUGAGCAAGUUGACCGGUCAACCGAUAACGGGCCACCCGCUUCUUGUAGAGGUUUUGAAUGGGAAUGAAAGCGUAUCGGAUCUUGAAUUGAACAGUUCGGAAUGCCAUAGUAGCAGCUGUGAGUUGGGUGGAGUCAAUGGGGUGGUCAACAACGGGGAUGUCCGGAUGCUUCUAGAAGCACGUGUGAGUGUGAGUGUGAGUGGGAAGUCUCCAGGAAAAGCGAAAAGAAACGGGAACGGGAUCUUAUCGAACAAAAAGAUCCGACGCUUGUCGUCUUUAACGGGGUCUAAAAGACCGGCGAAUGAAACGGGAAAGUUUAAGAAGCCUGGAGAAGCUUGUGUCCCGUUGAAGGUGGUUUUUGGUAGAAUAAAUACAGCACUUGGUAGGUGAAAUUUUUAUAUACUGAAGAGGUGCGGUGGUGGUGUCUAUCUGUAACUUUGGAUAAAAUACAGGGAUGAUGAAUGUGAAUGUAAUUUAUUAGCCUUAGCCCUUAAAAAGUAAAAAAAACUACUUAGGGUUUUUGAUCCGGUUAGAAAGUUCAAGUUUGGAACUUUGUUUGUUUGUUUGCUUGUUUUUAGUUUUUAAUACACUCUCAACGCCCCGUUGUACAAUAAUGGAGUUGUGGGUGGGUGAUGGCGUGCGUGGAGCAGGGUUUGUUUUAAUGGGUCGCGUUUUGUAUAGAAAUGUCAAUGGUGCGUGUAACUUUAGUCUUUAGGUGUAAAGACUCGGGUUUAGUGAUGAUUUCGGACAUCUUGGUUCAAGUUUGGUUAAUUAUUCUCGUGUUAUGUGGGCGUGUAGCGUUAAUUAUCAAUUAUCAAUUAUCAAGUUGGUGGAAUGUAAUAUGACAGAAUAUUUAAAGGUACUACGGA